ACAGGAAUCCUUAACUACAAUUUGGUAAAUGAGUUAGCUAGUUUAUUGACCCUCUAUUUAAAUAGAGUGGUUGGACUUUCUCCUCCUCCAGUGGCACGCCACACACCGGUCUGAGUAAAGUGCUGUGAACAGAGAGCACAGUGUCCCUCUGAUCAUGCCACUGGCUUCCUUGUGCUUCGUCCUGAUUGUUGUUCAUGUGUCUAUAAUGGUGGAUAGUAAACCCUGGCAGCACAAUCUGGACCCACAGACCAGCCUCACCGAUCCAGCGUGGACACAACCACGUCAUACAGGCCAGUGGGAAUCUAGGAGAAGAGAGUGGCCUAAGUUCUUAGUUAUUUUGCCAGUAAAAACACAUACCAGCAACUUUGUGUCAAUAUUUAAUUUGAGAAGAAAAAGGUUUCUGUGCAUGGACCAAGAGGGAGAGCUAUUUGACUCAAAACAUAGUGACACAGAGGACUGUCUUUACCAGCGGCUUUGGCUGGACUGGCCCAUUAAACAUGAUGUCUUUUAUUCCACAAGAGCAGCCCGGCUCUUGAAGUUGCAAGGAAUUGAGUUGAACGUGGCCAUGCAAGAGUCUUCACAAAUGACAGACAUACGAUACAGGCUCCUGGAGCGCUUAACGAGACAAAAGAGAAGUGAGGAGGUAAAUCCUUCUGAUCCUUUACGAUCCGAGACCCAUCCUGCCAGAAACCAGAAGGAAUCUGAUAACCUGAACAGGGAUCAGACAGGUGCAGUGUCCAAAGAGACUAUCACCUCAUGUGACGACCCUCUCAAAGUGCUCCAAACUAAUGGAUCUGGGAGCCCUGUAAAAAACAAUAUUGGAGAUCAAGAUGCUAAAUUAGUGGUUGAAAUUUAAAGUGAGUAGUGGGCCAGAUAUACCGAGGGUUUAAAUGAAACCAUAGGGAAAAGGAACAAUCAAGCCCACAAGCGUCUGAUAAUGCACUGGCUGCUGUUACCUGUGACCACGUGAAAGGAUCACCAUUAUUUAAGAGAUUUUUUCAACAGGUUGUAUCUGCCCCAAUGUUACAUCACAGUACUUUGUCCAUGUGUUGUUUAAAAAACAGAUAACCUAAGCAACAUUUAUUUAAGGCUUGUGCUAAUGGUUUGGUCCAGGACCUGCUAUCCUUAACUUAUUUAUCAGAUAAAGAUUAAGUUUGAUGAUGAUUUUUGAAAGUUACAAUUUUGUGCUUUACAAGGUUCAAAGGCUCCUCAAAGCACUGCACCAUAGUGAAUAUUCACUCUUGGUGGCGGCAGACUACUUGUUUAGCCACAGCUGUCCUAGGCCAGGCUGACAAGAGAUUUGAGACGUGGCAGCCAUUCUACACCGACAACCUUUGCGACCGCUCUCUCUCUCUUUUUCGCUCUCUCUCUCUCUGUCUCUCUCUCUCUCUUUCUCUCUCACAAAAACACUAUGAAGAAUCUGGAGACUCAGAUUUGUAUAUUCAUAAAAACAUCUGUUGCUUAAGAAAAUAUUUUGUUUAAUUAAUUGUAAAAUUGCACUGCUUAUUUUAACUUAAGAUAUUUUCCAUUCAUGAUUCAGAUAUAUGUGAGGUGCUGGACACAGUCACAGCAGAAGUAGUAUUUAUUUAUUGUUGUGCUCAAUUAUUAUUUAUAUAUUUGUAUUGUCCUACAUUUUGUAUAAACAAAUAAAAUGAAAAUCCAG